CUGCUAUGGGGGGAUAGAGUGGUGAUCCCAGAGAAAUUAAGAAAAAGGGUGUUGGACCUCCUGCACGAGGGUCACCCAGGGAUCGUUCGGAUGAAGGGUCUAGCGAGAAGCUAUGUGUGGUGGCCCUUAAUGGACUCAGAAAUUGCUGAAAGGGUAGGGAAAUGCCAGGCCUGCCAAGAGUCCAGACCUCUACCCCCAACGGCCCCGGUUCGAGAAUGGGAAAGACCCCAAGGGCCCUGGUCAAGAAUCCACAUUGAUUUUGCCGGCCCCUUCCAUGGCCAAACCUUCCUGGUAGUAGUCGAUGCCUACUCCAAAUGGCUGGAAAUCAUUCUCAUGAGAUCCAUGACAGCCGAAGCCGUGAUCUCAGUCCUACGGCACCUAUUUGCAACACAUGGGUUGCCCGACACAUUGGUUUCCGAUAACGGCCCGCAAUUCACGGCAACACAGUUUGAGGAAUACUUGGCAGAGGAGGAUAUUUUCCUAGCCGUCCAACACCGAACCCCCUGUGCCACCACCGGCAGAAGCCCUGCCGAAUUACUAAUGGGCAGAAAACUCAGGUGCCCCCUAGACCGUUUAAAUCCCAACUAUACACCAGAGGGAUACAAGGGGGGACUCGAAAAGACAAGAGGGAUGGAUAUAGGCGACCGGGUAUGGGCACACAACUAUGGUGGGGGUCCGACCUGGGUAGCAGGAAAAAUUCUAAACAUAACAGGUCCCAAAUCAUACUUGGUAGAAUUAACGGAUGGCCGAGUAUGGAGGCGACAUAUAGACCAAUUGAGGAAACGUUUAGACGGACAACCCGAGUCAGACGAAAUAGGCCCUGACUAUUCCAUAAGACCUUACUUACAUGCAUCCCCAAUGGAAUGA